GCUAUUUCGCCGCCUGGCUCACUGGCUCUUUAUUUGUUGAAGGACUAUGUUGUAAAAAUCUUUCAAACUGUUAAUUUUUGUGGACUCCUCGGCUCUCCCGGAGCUCCGCUCGCUGGUACCGGGGCCUGAGUGACAGGCUGUCCCCGCGGACCUGCGGCCCGGCCCCGCUCGCACCGCCCCGGGCUGCUGCUUAGCGGUUUUCUGACUCUUGACUGGAGCUUCUUUUUUUUUUUUUUAAUAACAGAAGUUAGCUCAACAGCUAACCCUAAAAGUCACGUCAGCUGUGCGGGGAGGAAUUAAAAGUUUCCCGGAGCGGAGGGACGGCCGGCCCGGCAGCGGCGCGGCGGACUUAUUAAACUUUGUCCCGGGUGUUUUUGCGCUCGGUUCGUCUUUUGAGCCGCUUUUACGCAGUCGCCAAAUUGUGGCGAGAGACGGCGGCGAGUGACGCGCAGCUGCGGGUAAUAAAUGACGCUCCGGUCGGCAGUCACGCACGGAUAAGCCGGUUAUAUCCGAGGGAGAUGCGGUAGAGGGCGGAGGCGGCCUCGGUGUUCAGCCCGCGGACUCCGGGGGGGGCGCUCCGGGUUUGCUGCUAGCGAGGCCUGCGGGUCGGGCUUCCACCGGGCUCGAGUAGAACCCCGGCUCCGCCGUCGACAGGUCGAAGGCCGGCAGCUGGCGCCGCCGCAGCCGGGCCUGCGCGCAGCGGUAUGGAGCGGAUGGAGGUGGACCAGUGCGCAGGCGCGGGAGGCGGGGCGCUCCGCAGGUCCAACAGCGCCCCCAUGAUCACGAGUGUCAGCGACGGGAUGGCGGUCUUCACUCCCGUGUCGUCGGCUCGAUACCGACGCAGCAGCGUGUCCAUCAACCCCAGCGGCCCCUCACAGCAGCUCGUCUCUCUGUCUCCGUUCUCUCUGACUGCAGACAGGCUGGAGCAGAAGAAGCAGGAGGAGAACAUGGAGACGGCGCUCAGAGGGAGUCUGCAGAGACUCAGCCCGUCCAGCCUGAUCCCGCUGCCUCCCGUCAGUCAGUGGCACGACCACACGUCAGUGUGGUUUCCGUCGCAGGACAGCGGCGUCACGCCAAACUCGUCCCCGAGUCCAACCAGGAGGUUCAGACCCGCCGUCAGCGCCACCGUCAGGUGGCCGGCGUUAACGCCGCUCAAGAGGAAAGGAGGGGCGGAGUCAGACGGACCGCCAAAGAAGCUUUUUGUCGCCGGAGUAACAGACCCCGCCCACCGCAGCAGCUACACCGUCAGCGUCUCCCAGUCGGCGGCCGACUCUCCGCCUGCCGGAGGCGCCAGUCCUCAGUCCAGCCCGCUGUCGCUCUCUCCUCCGCCGGCCUUCACGCCCUUCACCUCCCACCAGAACCCCGGACACUAGAGCACCAGCAGCUCCCCCACUUCCUCCCGCCGCUCCAAUCACCUGCCAGCAUCCGUGUAAGUCCCGCCUCCUCCAGCGAGCACGCGACACAUGGACCCGUGGCGUUUCCCCACCUGCAGUUUGGAGGUUUGUUUUCCUCUCUGAAGAUCCACACUGGUUCUGGUGGGUGGCCCGCUGGGACUUUUGCCUCCUGGAUCUCUGUCUCGCUUCAGUUCUGUCGCUCUCGUUCUGACGUUGGACAGUUUCCCUCGAACCUCUUCACCAGAUCAAAAAUCCACAGAAGAUCCGUCAUCAGUAUUAAUCACCAGGUCACAGCAAACUGCUUUGGGGACAUGCUGGUUGUGUCAUCAAGCAAAUGGACAAAACUACGCACAAAAACACAAAACACUUGUGGGGGUGCUGAGAGAAGGGGAUUGUGGGUAAUUUUAGUCAGUAACAAGUUUCAGAGGGCAGUGAGGAUGAUAGAAGCAAGCACAAACAGGUUUUUUUACGUCGAUUUCAGAGAGACUGUAAGAAUGAAAUCCGGAUAAAAGACAAACCAGCCUGUUGAAAGUGGUUUUACUUCUCAGGUGAGUAAAAUCUCGAGACUCCAGGUCGAUCCGACCAAUCAGGAGCAGAGGCCGAAGGAGGACUACAAGCUUCACGUCAAGUCUUGAGUUGUAAUCAAGACCUCUUCAAUAAUGACGGGAAGAAAAAAAAAAAAAAGAUCAUCGUGAUCUUUCUCUGAAGAAGACGGAGAUCUCUGGACGACUUAAAGAUCUGAUCUUUGUUAGCAGGUCGUCCUGAUCAACCAGCAGGGUUAGCAUUCCUACAAACCGACAAGUGAAUAUUUAGAAAAAAGCUUAGUCCAGAUGAAGGGGGGCUGUUCUCUGGGGUUUGGAGAGUAUUUGAGAGUUAGCUGGAGGAGGACUCCUGAUGAGCAGACCUGGACCAGUCCAAACCCCUCGAAGAGCGGGGGGGUUCAGAAGGAUCCUGAUAGUUAAAGAAUCGUCUGUACGCAGUGUGAAGAAGUGCUCUGUUUGUUGAUAGUGUAUCUAUAUGUGAAUACUGACGUCUGAGCUGCCUGCGCGGUUUCAUUGUACAUAUUCAACCUGCAGCCGGUCGCACCGCUCUUCUUCCUCCCCGCCGGGUUCAAUCCACCCUCACUCUGUUGGCCUGAGGAAGACUUUGUGUGUUUCUCCAACUAGAACCAGUGUUACAGACUUCACCCACUAAUUGAUCACUGUCAAACUUUGCCAACAAACUGUUAGGCUUGGGUGACAUUUUUUUAAUUUUUUUAAUUUGAGCCAUGGAAAAGUGUCAACACACGGCUACAAAGGGACUCGGCUUCCUUGAUUCUCCAGAUUCCAGUUGGAUACGCCCACAGUGGGAUUUUAACGGUCAUUUUGAUUAUGGCACAAAUCGUACUGGACAGAUUCUCCUGUCAGUUGUGUAAGCUCCUUUGGAAAGUUCCGAGGCAUCUUAACGUUAGCUGGUGUGUUAAACCUUUUCAGUUUUUAGUACCAGAAUCGGUCCGCUGCACAACAGUGAAACAAAGGUUUCGAGCAUCAGUCUGCUUGAUGUCAUUUUGCACAUAUCCUCCACAUUAAGUUACAAACUGUGACGAAAUGUUGGUCUAAUUCUUGUACCGUGUCGCGCCGGCCCAAAUAUAUUUGAUGAUUGAUUGUAAAAACCUGUGGAGCCUUCGAGGGAGCAUGACUGCAGUGACGAUCUAGUGCUUUACUGAAAGAUAUUUUGCGCUCAAAAGAAAGCAGCAACUUCGCAGAAGGCAUCUUGAGUGUGACUGAGUCUAUUCUGAACCAUUUAAUGAGUAUCUUAACUGGAAAAUAACAAUAAUGUAAAAUAGUCUGAGACCCAGGACAGAAUUGAUUGUCCACCAGGAAUGUUUUGUUUCACCUGUUAUUCAUCCAACAUAAGUCAGAAACUGUCCCAUUUCUGUCGGAAACACCGAUGGAAAAACCAUCCAAUGCGAAUCGGAAUCCAACCAACACCUACAGAAUGGGGAAGGAACAAUUACUCGCUUGUCAGAAACUACAUGAGUCCACUGGAACUAUUUGAAACCUUCAACCAACAACUCCCCUCAAAUAAUGAGGACACACCCACUUCCCAUUCACCUUUAGACCACAAUCAGCAAACCCUCUUGAUGCUUCAUUUUGGCGAACGUCAAAACAGUCCUUGCUCCCUCUGAGGCUCCACACGAGGGUCAUUCCAGGUCCAAUCAGCACAUUUCUGUCUCUUGACUAAACUCUAUGUACAUCAGGUCUUCGAACCGCAAGCGUGUAACUUUUCAGCUUUUCAUCCUUCAAUUAGCAGAAGAACCAGUUUCAAGGCUAUCGAGAGUUUUCAGGCUAAACGUGACGGCACAGAUAUGUGUCAUCUGCGUAAAAGUGUACAUUUCUGUCACUUCAGGCAACCAGUGGGCGUCUCAUAAUGUGAAACAAUCCCUGAAAGCUGAUCGUUUUCCAUGCUUGUCGUUCGAUCUGCAGAUGUCCUUCAUAAAAACAUAAAUGAGGCAGGUUCUGAUUUCACUCAAUGACCCAUCGAUCCGUUAGAGACGGAGCACAAAGACGACCCGGAGUCGGCUCUGCUCACAUGUUUGCACAGUUUUCUACUUCCUCUCAUCGUUGUGCCUGAACGUACCGGAGGAGCGCCGUCCUCCGUCACCACUUUGCACAGUGUUCGUUCGAGAAUUGCUGUAAUGUUUUGCUGCUUUUCCUUCUUUUCAUGUGAAAUUUGUUGCUUUAUUUCUCGGCUCGUUGCGUCUCUGAGAGUCCGUCCCGAUUCCAAAGCAUGAGAUUAAACUCCUGAACGUGUGAUCAGUUAUCUAUGUUCUCCAACUCAAUGCAGAGAGGAACCGAUGAGAAGUGAGCAAUACAACGCACAAGUAAAAAAAAAAAAUUAAAUGUGCACAGAAUUCAGUUAUUUGUUGAUGAUCACAAAGGAGAACCAAACUCGAUUGAAGCCAAAGGCACAAAUAACAACAACCAAAGUUUGCAAUAAUUCCAACGUUUAAUCAAUAAAUUCAUGAACCUUUUUUUUCACAGUUACAAUUUUAAAAAUCACUUCAAUUCAGCUUUAACUGAAAUCCCCAUAUUUUGUGCAAUAAUUUUAUGUUUCUCAGUUUUCAGAAAUCCUAUGGGGUCAAAAUAUUAAAUAGUGGCGCUUCACUUUUUUUAUUGUUAGUUUACUGUCCAGUAGUUUUAGCGGAUCACUGUUAACAAGCACAGCAUCAGAUAUCCAUCGCUUAUUACAAAAGAAUAAAAGAAAAGGAACAUUGAAUACAUUUUCACUUGUCUUUUUAUGUGAUUGUUUUUUUUUUUUUUUUAAAUUCAUGACAUUUUGUGCACUAAAUUUCAAGAACUCUGUUUAAAACUGGUACAACAAAUUCUCACGGUGUUCCACAGGGCUCGAUUGUGGGAGCACUGAGAUUCGAAUGGCCCUUUGGCUAAGCCCUGCCCACAAAUGCAAUACUUGCCAGAACUGGUCAUUCUGAGUGUAAAACCCUGCAGAAGAGCAUGAGAUGACCGUUAGGCCUGUAGCUUACCUGGCGGAUGUUAGAUGAGGCUUCUCCGCCCUGAUUUGGGAUCUGAGGGAUCUGCAGUCGUCACAGCAGCAGCAAACGCUGCAGCUGAACUGUUAGAAACAGUAACCAAGGGGGGCGUGGCUUAGCCAGACGUCCAUUGACAAUUUCAUUAUUAUUUUCUGAUAAAAUUACGCGAAUUAUUGGAUAAAAGCUCUUGACUGUGGCUUAUUUUUUAAAUACCAGAAAAUUUAAAUUUGAUAAAAUUUCUUAAAUUCUGAAAUUAUCCCAAAAUGUUGUGUUUGGCUUAUUUUUACAGUCCACAUGCCAAAAAAAAAAAAAAAAAAAAAAAGCUCACCAGUCUCUUCUGGACAUUGAAUAACAAAACACAACAAUGGUUCCGACUCCUGGUAGCGA